AUGUCAAAUCUUCCCCUGCUUGGUUCAGUCGACUGCAGUUCCCGCUACGAUGCCGCCCCUAGCGGAAGCACCGAUGACGGUUUGACUUUGCCUCUAGAUGACAUUGAUAGACCAAUUGUGGAGAAGAGGCUUCUCCGUAAGUUAGACCUUCGGGUAGCCUUUCUAGUUCUGGUUUACAUUAUGAACAUCAUGGACCGUACUAAUAUAGCUGCAGCGAGACUGCGUGGCUUCGAAGAGGACCUUGGAAUGACGGGGAAUCAAUUUAAUACACUCACCAGCAUCUUCUUUGUGGGGUAUCUAUUCACGCAGGCUCCUUCCAACAUGGUCUUACACCACAUGAAAAGGCCAUCAUUAUACCUCUCGGGCUGUAUGAUAACAUGGGCUGCUAUUACCAUGUGUAUGAGUGCGGUACAAACAUAUCAUGCCGCUCUUAUUUUGCGCUUCUUUAUUGGAUUUGUAGAGGCGGCAUUCUUUCCUGGAGCUAUAUUUCUUCUUUCACGAUGGUACAAGCGCGAUGAACUAGGGUUACGCACAGCAUUUCUUUUUUGUGGCACCUCCAUCAGCUAUGCUUUUAGUGCUCUUAUUGCGUCAGGAAUUUUAGCAAGCCUAGACGGUGUAUUAGGUUUUACGGCUUGGAGGUGGCUCUUCUUUGUGGAGGGCGCUUUGACCAUCGCCACUGCAGUGUGUGCAAUCUGGAUUUUACCCGAUUUUCCUUCAACGCCGAGCGUCUGGCUUUUGCCCGAUGAACAGAUACUGGCCAAACAACGGAUGGAGGAAGAAGUUGUGGCUAAAAUUGAGCACAAAGGGAAACCCGAAGAGAACUUAUCUGGUCUUGCCGAGGCUCUUAUGGAUUGGAGAGUAUGGUGGCUUGGUGUUGCUCUUCAUUUGAUCAUUUCCUCGAUAUCAUUCAGCAAUUUUUUUCCGACACUAUCCGCUACAAUGGGUUACAGCGCGACGACUAGCCUCUUUCUCUGCGCACCUCCGUGGAUUUUGGGGACUGCGACCUCGUUUGUUGUGGCCAGGCACUCCGACGUAACUGGUGAUCGCUUCUGGCAUAUUGCCGGUCCUCUACUGGUCGGCAUCGCUGGGUUUAUCAUUGCAAUUUCUACAAUGAAUACGGGCAUGCGAUAUCUGUCACUUUUCCUUAUGGCUCAGAGCUCAAUCGCCUAUGCUGUCGCUUUGACCUGGGCCAUGAAUACCUUUUCCCAAUCACAGUCUAAACGCGCUGCAGCCAUCGCACUAAUAAACACCAUGGCAUCAGUUGGCAACGCUACUUCACCAUACUUUUGGCCGUCCAGUUGGGGUCCUUCAUACGUGAACUCGUGUCUUAUUUGCAUCUUGACAAGCGUCGUGUCCAUUGCGAUGUUCUGGGUAUUUAGGGAACACCUUUCCCGGUGUAACGAAGCUGCUGAAGCCGAAGAGCAAGUUCUAGGACUACCCGAGGGUUUUAGAUAUCUCCUCUAACGCAUGGAUAGGAUUCCGUUAGUGAGAAUGUAUAAUGUAUACCAGAGCAC